AUGAGUGAGAUCAUAUCAGAAAACAUUUUGGGGGGAGUGAACAUUACGGGAAAAGUAUCUGAAAUGAAUCGGAAAAUUUUGACUCGUGGUGCCCUGACUUUCAUCACAAUUUUACAUAGAUCAUUCGAUAGAACACGAAGAACACUUCUGGAGCGUCGUGAAUGUAUACAGGCCAAACUCGACAAAGGAUAUCUUCCAGACUUUCUUCCAGAGACAGAACACAUUCGAAAUGAUGAUUCCUGGAAAUGCGCAAAGCCAGCGCCAGGAUUAAUUGAUCGUAGAGUGGAAAUCACAGGUCCAACUGAUCGUAAGAUGGUGGUGAACGCUCUAAACUCGGAUGUAUGGACUUAUAUGGCAGACUUUGAAGAUUCUUCGACACCCACAUGGGAUAAUAUGGUUAAUGGACAAGUUAACCUCUAUGAUGCUGUUCGAAGGGAAAUCGAUUUUAAGCAAGGCCAGAAAGAAUACAAGCUACGAACAGAUCGUCGUUUGCCCACACUGAUCGUAAGGCCACGAGGGUGGCACUUAGAUGAAAUGCAUAUGAUGGUAGACGGUAAGCCGGUAUCUAGCUCACUUUUCGAUUUUGGCCUUUACUUUUUUCACAAUACAAGAGAACUCUUAAACCAAGGUUCAGGACCCUAUUUUUACCUUCCGAAGAUGGAAAGCUAUCUCGAAGCUCGUCUCUGGAACGACGUCUUUAACCUUGCACAAGAUUACCUGGAAAUUCCUCGUGGGACAAUCCGUGGCACUGCACUAAUUGAAAAUAUUCUUGCUGCCUUUGAGAUGGAUGAAAUUCUCUAUGAACUUCGGGAUCACUCCUCAGGUCUGAAUUGUGGUCGCUGGGACUACAUAUUUAGUGUGAUUAAGAAGUUCCGUCAUAACUACAAAUUCGUACUCCCGGAUCGCUCUACGAUCACUAUGGAAGUCCCAUUCAUGGAUGCGUAUGUAAAGUUAUUGAUUAAAACAUGCCACCGCCGUCAGGUACAUGCGAUGGGUGGUAUGGCUGCUCAGAUACCCAUCAAGGAUGAUAAGGCUGCGAAUGAGAGAGCAAUGCGAGUAGUUCAUGAGGAUAAGCUCCGUGAAGUUACAAUGGGACAUGAUGGGACUUGGGUAGCUCAUCCAGCGCUGGCAUCGAUUGCGUCUGAAGUAUUUAAUCAGCAUAUGCCUACACCUAACCAGAUGUUUGUACGACGCGAAGAUGUAAGAGUGACUCAGUCUAGUUUGUUGGAUAUGCUUGUUCCAGGAGAUGUGACUGAAGAAGGCAUACGAAAAAAUAUCAACAUUGGUCUCUGUUAUAUCGAGAGCUGGUUGCGAGGGAUUGGAUGUGUGCCUAUAAAUCACCUGAUGGAGGAUGCCGCAACUGCUGAGGUAAGCAGGUCCCAGCUCUGGCAAUGGGUUAAGCACGGGAUCAAGACGGCCGGUGGUAAGAAAAUUGAUAAGAAAUAUGCCUUGAAGUUGCUUCAGGAACAAACGGAUGAUUUGGUCAGCUGUGCCCCUUCGGACAGUAAAUACUCUCUAGCGGCCAAGUAUUUGGCAUCACAAGUUACUGGUGAAGAUUAUGCUGACUUUCUGACAUCUCUUCUCUAUGGUGAAGUGACCAGCUUUAGCAAUCCUAAGCCUGCUUCCAAACUAUAG